UUUCUGUGCGACAUGGAUACGAUUGUAUGCAACUAUGAAUGGACACAAGAAAGCACAAAGUGCUGUAUUUUGACGAGUUAACCUAGAUUUAAAUAGUACAUGUAACUAGCUAUCAAUACAUUAACUAUCAGUUGCUACGUAGGCGUAGCAUCAUAUGUUAACUUUAGUCUCUGGCCCAAAAAUCCAUUCAACACACCUAGCUAGCUAAGCAACGUUAGCAUUAGCGAGUAGCUAACGUUGCUUACUAGCUAACGUUACGUUCACUGACAUCGUUUUAGCACCUGGUGCUACCACCGCUUUCUUCUGACGGCGGCAUGAGUUCUGGAUAUGGCGGUGGAGGAGGGAGAAGAGGCAGAAGAGGAGGUCGAGGGAACAGAGAUGGAAGCAGAGAAAGAUGGGACAGAGGAGGAGGCGGAGGAGGUUCAAGAGGACACAGCUCCGACUUCGACCAGGACCGAGAUGGUGGAGGGAGAGGCGGACAACGGGACCGUCCUCCUCCACACCUGAAGGGACGCGAGAUUGGUCUGUGGUACGCAAGAUACGGAGCCGUGAGGAGGAAACAGGCCGACCGCAGAUCGCGGGCAGUGGUCCAGAUGGAUGAGGCCAGAGAGCAGCACAUUACCAAGCUGCUUAAUUCUGUCCAAAAUGAUCAGCCUGGUCCUUGGAGAGACGCCUGGGAUGCAAGUGUCUCUACCUCUGACAGCUUGCGGACAUCUGCCAGUAGCAGUGGUCAUUGUUACUUUGACGGGGAUCUGUCUGAAGAGGAAAAGCAGAAGAUUGAGUUCAAAUCUGAGGAAGAGGAGGAAGAAGUUACUCCGGGCCAAAAAAAAGCAACUCACAAAUCACAACGUUACUUCUCUCCAGCAGUUGUUAAAGAUGAGCCCCCAGAGGCGUGGGAUGAUGAAGAGCAGCAGCAGCAGCAGGAGGAGAGGGAGGAGGAGGAGGAGAAAGAGAAACUGAGAAGAGAAGACAAGGACCUGGAGUUCUUAUUGCAGGAAGUAGCGAGAGACAGAUCACUGGAUGACUGCUUAAAGAGGGAUCUGCAGAGCAAGGAAUCAGAUCCAAAGUACAGAGAAAUGCUGAAAUUCAGGGAAAAACUACCAUCCUAUGGGAAAAAAGAGGAGCUGGUGCAACUGAUCAACUCAAACCGAGUCCUGGUGGUGAGCGGGGAAACGGGGUGCGGAAAAACAACUCAGGUCACCCAGUUCAUCCUAGAUGACUACAUCAAUAGAGGCGUGGGCUCAAUGUGUCGUGUGGUCUGCACACAGCCCCGUCGCAUCAGCGCCAUCUCGGUAGCAGAGCGUGUAGCAGCAGAGAGGGCAGAAAGUGUUGGGAAUGGAAAUUCUUGUGGUUACCAAAUUCGCCUACAGAGCCGGUUACCACGGAGACAAGGUUCGAUCCUGUACUGUACAACGGGCAUUAUUCUUCAGUGGCUUCGCUCAGACCCAUUGUUGUCUAGUAUCAGCCACCUGGUGUUGGACGAGAUCCACGAGAGAAACCUGCAAUCGGACGUUUUGCUCAUCAUUGUGAAGAACCUACUCAACUUUCGAGACGACCUCAAGAUCGUCCUCAUGAGUGCUACGCUCAACGCAGAGAAGUUUUCUAAAUAUUUUGACAACUGUCAAAUAAUCCACAUCCCUGGCUUGACGUUCCCAGUAAAGGAGUUCUUGCUUGAGGACAUUGUGGAGAUGACCAGGUAUCGGUCCCAGAAUCGGGACAGUCGCCCCUCAUGGAAGAAAGGCUUUUGGCAGGGACGCCACUCCAGACCGGAGAAGGAGGAGAAAGAGGCUGAAUACAAGGAGAGCUGGCCUAGUUAUGCACGGACACUGCAGGACAGAUACUCUGAUAACACCAUUGAGGCACUGGAGAUGUUGGACAAUGAUGAGAAGAUUGACCUGGAGUUGAUUGUGGCGCUGAUCCGCCAUAUUGUGCUCAAGGAGGAGGAAGGAGCAAUCUUGAUCUUCCUGCCUGGCUGGGCCGAAAUCAGCAGUCUCAAUGACCUGCUCACUGCUCAGAAGAUGUUCCAAUCAGACCGCUUCGUUAUCAUCCCUUUGCACUCCCUCAUGCCAACCGUCAAUCAGACGCAGGUGUUCAAAAAGCCUCCACCUGGAAUUAGAAAGAUUGUGAUUGCUACCAAUAUAGCUGAGACCAGCAUCACCAUAGAUGACGUGGUGUACGUGAUAGAUGGAGGCAAGAUUAAGGAGACCCACUUUGACACCAACAACAACAUCAGCACUAUGACAUCAGAGUGGGUUAGCCUGGCCAAUGCCAAGCAGAGGAAAGGACGUGCCGGCAGAGUGUGUCCAGGGCAGUGCUAUCAUCUGUACAAUGGUCUCAGGGCCAGCCUGCUGGAUGCCUAUCAAUUACCCGAAAUCAUGAGGACACCGCUGGAGGAGCUCUGCCUGCAGAUCAAGAUAUUGAAGCUUGGGUCUAUAGCUCAAUUCCUGGAGAAAGCCCUGGACCCUCCAGCUGAGAAGGCCGUCAACCUAGCCAUCAAGAACCUCAUAGACCUGAAUGCCCUGGACCGUUCCGAGAAUCUGACAGCGCUGGGUUUCCACCUGGCUCGUCUGCCUGUGGAGCCUCACAUUGGCAAGCUCAUCCUGUUUGGAGCUCUGCUGGGCUGCCUCGACCCCGUACUCACCAUCGCUGCUUCACUCAGCUUCAAAGACCCUUUCUUCAUCCCCCUGGGUAAAGAGAAGAUGGCAGACAUGAGGAGAAAAACCCUGUCCAAAAACUCCAAGAGUGACCACCUCACCAUUGUCAACGCCUUCCAGGGCUGGGUGGAAGCAAAACAGCGUGGCGCCAGGUAUGAGAGGGAGUACUGCUGGGACAACUUCCUGUCUGCCAAUACACUCCAGAUGCUGCACAACAUGAAGGGUCAGUUUGCUGAGCAUCUAAUGCGUACAGGUUUUGUCAGCAGCAGGGACCCCAAAGACCCUAAAUCUAAUGUCAACUCAGACAACGAGAAGUUAAUCAAGGCAGUCAUUGUAGCUGGUCUAUACCCCAAGGUGGCCAUGAUAAGACCAUCUAACAGCAAAAAGAGACCAGGGGUUAAGGUGUACACCCAGGCUGAUGGAAAGGUGUGCAUCCACCCUAAAUCAGUCAAUGCUGAGGAGACUCAGUUCAACUACACGUGGCUCAUCUACCACCUCAAGAUGAGAACGAGCAGUAUCUUCCUGUACGAUUGCACUGAGGUGUCCCCGUUCUCACUGCUGUUCUUCGGAGGAGACAUCACAAUCCAGAAAGAUGAGGACCAGGAGACGAUCGCCGUGGACCAGUGGAUUGUCUUCAGAUCCCCGGCACGCAUCGCUCACCUUGUCAAGAGUUUAAAGAAAGAGCUGGAUUUCCUGCUGGAGGAAAAAGUUCGUAACCCUGCUCCUGUAAACUGGGAAAACCGUCAGUCCAAAGACUGUGCUGUCAUCACAGCCAUCAUAGACCUCAUCACCACCCAGGAGAAGCCUACAGGCAGCACUAAAGGCUAUGACAGGACGUGGACGCCCGCCCCUAGAGGACAACACACACACUUCAAGGACGACGAUGAUGACGACGAUGAUUAAAAGUGGCCGGGUUUUUGGCUGGCUGUGUGAGCCUUGUUAAUAACUGACUGCAUCUUUAGACAGAGGUUGUUUGUGAUAUUUAUGAUAACCACCUGGCCUUUGCUGGUGCUCCUGAAGGCCAAAGCCAGGAUGCAAGAAUACUGGAAAAUGUUACUCAUUUGAAUGGCUCCCAAUAUUCUUUUGUUGCCUGUUCUGUCAUUAUUUAGCAAGGACCAAACCAUAUUAAAAGACACUGUGGCUAUUCUAGUUUGUUGUUUAGUCUGUGCAUUUUUGGUUUGGAUAAUUCAUGCUCUUAUUUUGAAAGCAAUGUCACAUAAUGGACUGUACAAUAAA